AUGUCUCAUCUCGUAGAGUUCAGUGAUAUCGACACUGAUAUAUUCUGUACCAAUCAGGCCUCCGGUGGCUCCGGUGGCUCCAAAAAAGAAUUCGUGAAGCUGGACAAGGGCGCAGUCAUGACCAAGAUCCAGGCUUGGAAAGAAGGCUGGAGAUUCCAUGGCGUGAAGAUGUGGAUGAGCGACGGCACGGCACAGCUCUUUGGGUCUCAAGACGGGGAUACCAGUUCAUUCUCGCUCUCCAACGGGGAGAUGUUGCGAGAUCUUUAUAUUCAAGCCAGCGGCGAGAAGAGCAGUGGGGGCUAUUACCGCUUGGGUGGCAUCUCCUUCAGAACAACCAAAGGCCGAGAGUGGGGGUUCUUCGCCAAGAAUCUCAAGGAGGACGGCAAGUACUUUUACGACAUGCCUAAUUCUGGGAUCGUCUGCGGGAUGUUCGGGAGAUGCGGCUCCGAUGUGGACUGCCUGGGCUUCGCUAUCCUGAACCCCAUCGAGAAGGCUCGCCUGGUGGACGUCACCUAUCCCAAUCUCGGCAUGGUGCAGGUGGCCAACACUCCGAUAGUUGUGGCCACCAGCGAGUACCGCAAUGGAACCUCUGUAGAGCAGUCUUACACGAUGUCGGAAUCGAGGACCGUGACUACCGAGUGUACCUGGAGCGUGACGACCGGCCUCGAGAUGACCCUGACGGUGAAUGUAUCGGCCGGUGUUCCCAUGGUUGCGGAGGUUGAUACGGGCGCGUCGUGGACCGUGAAUGGCGAAUCACAGCACAGCCGAUCAGAGAUCAUCACUAAGGAACAGAGUUGGUCCUGGCCCGUCGUGUGCCCGCCGCACACAGAGAUUCGCGCCACCGGCUCUAUGUUCCAGGAUAACAUCGACACCGAGUACGAGGGCAAAGUCCACAUCGACUUGAAGAAUGGCCACGACUACGAGUACAACGUGAAAGGCAUCUAUGAGGGCUUGAACGUCCGUCAGAACGAUCUGGAGGUUGUGGAACUGGGACCUGCCUAA